AGAUUUUAGCCAAUCAGUGAUGCUACCUACAGUGGGUGGCCGGGAUCAAAAUGCACCGCGGAAAGCUCGGAAAGUAGUGUGGCUAGCCUUAAUCACUUCGGCUCCCCCGGGAGGGGACUCAUCACUCGCCCCAUUUCACGGAUGAGGAAGGAAACGAAUGUUCCGAAAGGCAGAGGCACGGGUCCAAGGUCGCGGGACUAGAAGGUGGCAGGGUCGGCAGUGGAACUCUCCAGCAGAGCCCAGCUGCCACCAUGGCCCAGACCCUGCAAAUGGAGAUCCCGAACUUUGGCAACAGCAUCCUGGAGUGUCUGAAUGAGCAGCGACUGCAAGGCCUGUACUGUGAUGUGUCUGUGGUCGUCAAGGGCCAUGCCUUUAAAGCCCACCGGGCUGUGCUUGCUGCCAGCAGCUCCUACUUCCGGGACCUGUUCAACAGCAGCCGGAGUGCAGUGGUGGAGCUGCCGGCCGCUGUGCAGCCCCAGUCCUUCCAGCGGAUCCUCAGCUUCUGCUACACGGGCCGGCUGAGCAUGAACGUGGGUGACCAGUUCUUGCUCAUGUACACGGCCGGCUUCCUGCAGAUUCAGGAGAUCAUGGAGAAGGGCACCGAGUUCUUCCUCAAGGUGAGCUCCCCCAGCUGCGACUCACAGGGCCUGCACGCUGAGGAGGCCCCAUCGUCCGAGCCCCAGAGCCCCGUGGCUCAGACGUCAAGCUGGCCAGCCUGUGGCACCCCGCUGCCCCUGGUGUCCCGUGUCAAGACGGAGCAGCAGGAGUCGGACUCCGUGCAGUGCACACCUGUGGCCAAAAGGCUGUGGGACAGCAGCAGCAGUGGCGGUGGCAAUGGCAGCCGCAAGAUGGCCAAGUUCUCCACACCGGACCUGGCUGCCAACCGGCCGCCCCAACAGGCCCCAGUGGUGGCGGCAGCACAGCCUGCCGGCGUGGCUGUGGCAGCAGCUGCAGGGGCUGGCGCUGGGCAGCCUGCUGGGGGGGCGGCAGCGGCAGCAGCGGUGGCGGCAGCAGGGGGUGUGGUGAGUGGGCCCAGCACGUCAGAGCGGACCAGCCCGGGCACCUCGAGCGCCUAUACCAGCGACAGCCCUGGCUCCUACCACAAUGAGGAGGAUGAAGAGGAGGACGCAGGCGAGGAGGGCACGGAUGAGCAGUACCGGCAGAUCUGCAACAUGUACACCAUGUACAGCAUGAUGAAUGUUGGCCAGACAGCCGAGAAGGUGGAGGCCCUCCCUGAGCAGGUGGCCCCUGAGUCCCGGAAUCGCAUCCGGGUGCGGCAAGACCUGGCAUCUCUCCCGGCUGAGCUCAUCAACCAGAUUGGCAACCGCUGCCACCCCAAGCUCUACGAUGAGGGUGACCCCUCUGAGAAGCUGGAGCUGGUGACAGGCACCAAUGUGUACAUCACGAGGGCGCAGCUCAUGAACUGCCAUGUCAGCGCGGGCACGCGGCACAAGGUCCUGCUGCGGCGCCUCCUGGCCUCCUUCUUUGACCGGAACACACUGGCUAACAGCUGUGGCACCGGCAUCCGCUCUUCCUCCAACAACCCCAGCCGCAAACCGCUGGACAGUCGCGUCCUUCACGCUGUCAAGUACUACUGCCAGAACUUUGCUCCCAACUUCAAGGAGAGCGAGAUGAACGCCAUCGCAGCUGACAUGUGCACCAAUGCCCGCCGUGUCGUCCGGAAGAGCUGGAUCCCCAAGCUCAAGGUGCUCAUGGCCGAGGGCGAUGCCUACACCACCUUCAUCAGCGACACGGGCAAGAUCGAGCCGGACAUGAUGGGCGUGGAGCACAGCUUCGAGACGGCCAGCCACGACGGCGAGGCCGGCCCUUCGGCCGAGGCCCUCCAGUAACUACCACCGGACCCUCCCCGCGGGGCCGUCACACUCCCCUCCCUCCCCGGUCACACCCGCCCACCAUCUUGGUCACGAGCUACUGUCUGUCCCUUCCCUGGACCCGCGGGGGGCGCUGCAUGCUCCCAGCCCCUCUGCCUUCCCUCCAUCCCACCUUCCACCCCCCAUCCGAGCGGGCCGGGAGAGGGCAGCAGCUGGUGCGAGCUCUGCGCUGCCGUCUCUAGCGCACUCGGGUGCAGUUGGGGAGCUUCCGCUCCUCCUCUCCUAACCCCCAGCAGUGGUCUCCCCACUCACCAGGCCAGGUGGGGAGGGGCCGGCCUGGGGGGGCUCAGGAAGGCCCCCUCCCCAGGGUUCUCAGGACCCCUCCUGCCACCACCUCCCAGUGCUUCCAUGUUUCCAAAAGCGCCUUCCUGUCUCCCUCGUCUGUCCCUGCACCUGGGGGCUGGGGUAGGCGAGGCCGAGGGGACCGCCCAUUUCACAGCCGAGGGACCCCAGGCUCAGAGCAACUCCACGACUGACCUAAGGUGGUGGGCGGUGGCAGGACCAGUGCCCUUCUCUCUCCCUGACCCUUCGCCCACCUCUGUUGCCCCCACCUGUCCCCUGGGGCCUGAGAGGGGCAAGUCCUGAGUGGAGGGCUCUUGGGGGCCUGCUGAAGGUCUCUGCGAAUAGAACGAGAGGUUUCCUGGGCUCACAGAAGUGUGUGUGUGUGUGUGUGUGUGUGUAUGCGUGCAUGUGUGUGUGUGUGUGUGUGCGCGCGCACGUGUGUAAAAGUUUUGCUUUUAAACAAAUGAAGAUAUGAGAGGCAGUAGGGCCAGGGCUGGAAGCCAGGGGAGCAGGCUGGGGGGCUGCUGCCCUUCCCCCCCCUCCCCCACCCCCCUGUCCCCACCCACUGUACAUACUUUUUAAAGCAUUUUUUUAGCUAAUGAAAUAUUGAAGUAUAAGAUUCCUUUUAUUUUUCAAACCAACGGGACUGUGUCGGAUGUCCCCUUCAGUCCCCGGGGACAAGGCAGCCAGGACGGGGUGGGGGCUGGGGGCAGGCUGAGUGUGUGUGUGUGCGUGUGUAGUGUGGGUGCGCAUUUCUGAGGCGAGAACUCGGCCAGGCCUCUGCUGGGGCUCCCGUGGGUCUGACUAGGUCCCCUCUCGCUCCGUUGCUUCCCAGCAGGGCUCCAUUUGAAGGGUGGCCCUGGCCUUGGCCCAUUGGCUGAGCCCAGCUUCUUGGGGACAAGGCAGGGCCCGCUUCCAUUGUUAGCAGUUUGCAGAAUUUUCUCUAACCAUUCCUCUUUCUGUCCUUGCCCAGCGCGAGGGGUUUUUUUUUUUUUUUUUUUUUUUUUUUUGAGUUUUACAUGUGAACUCUGGAGGGUUCUCUUUUUUAUUCCCUGUCCCCCCACACUGGGUGUCGUUUCUUUACAAUUUUACCUUUUUUCCCUCCAGCCCUGGUCCCACUGCCUCUCAUCUCCUUCCUGGAUCUGACUGGCCCAUUGCUCCCAUUGCUCCCAGCGGCCUCUCCAGAGGCAGGGGGAUGGCGGGAGGUGGGGGGUGGGGGUGGCCAGCCCUGACGGGACCCUUGGAAUCUGAUUUGGAGGCCUCCCCCACCACCCAGCAGCCCCCACUGGUCUGACAUCUUGUGGGGGUGGGGGUGCCUGGUCUGGCUGGAGUCCUGGCUCUCAGCUGGCAUGGCCCGGCCCCUGCACCUUAGUCCUCAGCCGGCCCAGUGUCUGGGGGGGAGUCGACACCCCAGCGAAAGCACAAGCACCUUAGUCGCACCUCCCCCACGCCCUCGUCCUGGCCUUGACAUCCUACCCCAGCAUCGAUCCCAAAGCACAAUAUCCUGGUCACUUGGCAAGCUGCCGGGCCGGCCGAGGCCGAGGGGCCGGCUGGGGCUCCAGCCAGACCCUACAAGGAAGGAGUCCCUAGGCGCUCCCCUCCUUCAGGCCUUAGCAGGGGCCAGCUCUCUGGGACUGGGGUCUUCUCCCUCCCCGCACCUUUGUCCUGGAGGCCCCUGCCCAGCCCCUCCCUGCCUUGUCCUUGGGUGGGGCUUGCCCCUGCCCCUCCUCCAAGCCCCUGCAGCACUGGGUUGGGUGGCAGAGCCCCCUCAUUUCAGGGACCCCAGGAGGUGCCCCUGGCUCCCGGGACUGUGUGUUGGGGGGAGGGGCCGGGCAGGGGCACAGGGGAGGAAACUCCUCACCAGGAGAGCCAAAGACAGGGUUGUGCCUUACCCCAGGAGCCACCCCUGCGCCCCUCCCUCCCGCCCUGCCCUCCCCACCUCCUGGGCGGCCUGCUGCUUUUCCUUCUUGCCCUGCCCUGCCCUGCCCUGAGCUGCAUGGUCCCCCCACCCCGGGCAGCCCAGGGAGGAGCACGAAUGGAGAAUCACCGACCAACGCAAAAAAAAAAGACUGUGGGGCCCCCCUCUUCACCUCCCCCGGCCGCCCACUCACCCGCCUCUUUCACGCAGGACA